AUGGCGCUGCGCCAGGUGUGGCUCGGUUGUCGACGCGCGGCAUGGAUGGUCACAGCCCGGCCGAGAUGUGGCACAGCACUGGGCGGCCUGGUGAGACCGCCUUCGACCGUGCCGCCUGCCAGCGCUCUGUGUGCCAGGCGUACGUACCUGGAGAGCAUGGAUCGCAGCGUCACCGUCUACAGCUUCACGGAUCCCAUGGAGCUCCUGAAUUUCAUGGAUGCGAACAGCGACUCCGACUUGCGAACCUUCGAGGCGGCAUUACGAACGCUGGGCCGUCUCUCGGCCGGCCCUGCCUACAAGGAGGUUGUUGGGGACGGGCGCUUCCAUGCCAUCCUCAGCGCCCUCGCAACACGUCUGGACGAUUGCGACGCGACGAUGCUGUCCAAGAUUUCCGAUGCCUCGGCCAGGUUCCGGACCACGACGCCGGAGCUUGCCGACCUGGCGCAGCGCCUUGCUGAGGUGGUUUGCCGGCGCGAGGAUAUGUUCAGUCCGCGCAACCUCGCCAACGUGGCGAUCGCUCUGGCCCUGCGGGGGGUGCGGGACGUGCCCACUGUCGAGUUCGUGAGGAAUGAGGUGUGGCUCAUCCCCCCCCCCCCCCCCUCUGGUCCCCUGGUCCUCUGGUCCCCUGGUCCUCUGGUCCCCUGGUCCUCUGGUCCCCUGGUCCUCUGGUCCCCUGGUCCUCUGGUCCCCUGGUCCCGUGGUCCCCUUGGUCCCGUCGUUUGGUCCCGUGGUCCUCUGCUCCCCUGGUCCUGUUGUUCCCUUGGUCCCGCAGUCCUCUGGUCCCCUGGUCCCGUGGUCCCCUUGGUCCCGUCCCCGUGGUCCUCUGGUUCUGCGGUCCUCUCGUCCUGUGGUCUCGCAAUCCCUGAUCUUAAUUUAUGA